UUAGACAACGACCAACCCAAACCAACCAAUCCCUCUGUCUCAUCUACGAUCAACCCCUGUUAUUUUCAUAUUCAGAUUCAUCACAAAGUGGGAAUACUGGUUUGUAUUUAUCGAGGAAGUCGUGGAGAUUGUAUUAAACAUUUGAACAUUAGUUGAGAAAUUGAGGGAUUCAGAAUGUCAGGUGUGCGAAGGUGCAAAAUAAUGCGUGGAAAGGAAAAAGUUGAUCUUGGAGAGGAAUCAUUAGAAAUGGCAAAUCAACACAGUGAAACUAUCGACUAUGGAAUUAUUUUGCCUUAUGACGUCGUUUCUAUGAUUUUUAAACGUCUUUUUGCAAGGGAUUUGAGCAAUUGUGCGAUGGUUUGCAGGCUUUGGCAAGAGGUUGCUGUUAACGAAUUGGCUAGUCGCGGUCCAAUGAUUGAUUUUUUACCCUCGAAAGCAGCCUUCAAAGCAUGUCAUACAUCGGUGUUUUCUCACAAUUUGACGAAUAGACCAAUGCUCGGACUCUUGUUCAGUAAAAUUAAUUCAUAUCCAGGUGAUUGUUUCAAUACACACUUCCCAAGAAACUGCCUUUCCAUCCUCAUGAAGACAAGUGGAGUUGUGGUAAAUGAAAAGGAAUUCGACAGAUAUACACCUGUUGCUGUUUGUGGAUACUUACCAGAGAGUUCUGAAGUAGAGAUUGAAUAUUUAAUGAGUAAGAAGGGUCAGAUCAUUCAUCUUAACAAAAAUUUGGAAGCCCUAAGCAAUGGGCUACAUGGGCAGCAACCACAAAGAUGGAGUGUUAUUGAGCCCAUGAUUCGGGGGGCUGUACAUAGGAUGAAGGAGAUUAAAUGUAUGUUACUGAUCACUUCUGAACGCUUUGGACAUGAGAACAAACUUUGUUCAUUAGAAGUAAUAAACGAGAAUGUACCUAUCCUCUGGGGUGGAAUAACUAAAGAAUUAAGGAUCGGCCGAAGAGGUGAAGCUGUUGGGACCUGUCAUGCCUGGAUAGCUGUUCUCAUUGGUGGUCCCAACGUCAAGAGUUGGUCACUCAUCAUUGGCAAUGGUGUACGAAGGAAGGAAGAAGUUCGGGAGAAAUUCAUCGAAUGGAGAAAGGAUAUUCAACCCAUGAAACACACUGUGGCUUUGAUGUUCGCUUGUGUAGGCAGAGGAACGUAUAUGUACGGUGUGAGAGACGUCGAGGCUUCAUCAUUCAAAGAGAUAUUCCCAGAUAUUCCACUCGUUGGGGGAUUUGGUAAUGGAGAGUUUGGAUUCAAUGUGAAUAACAAAUCAGAGAGGCAGGCCUGUCACCAAUAUUCCUCAUCAUUCUUGAUACUAACUUACGAUUAGUCGACAAUUUCUCAUGGAAUAUUUUUUUUUGUUCAUUCCUUCAAGUCCACGUUCCAAUCCAAACAGAUAUUACAAAUUACCAAUUAUUCAUCUGGAGUUAUUCAUUUAAGAUAAAAAAUUGUAAUACUUUUCAUAGCCUAACAAUCAACAUUUGGCAUAUUCUUGUAUAAUAAAAUCCAUCAGUAAAA